GCCCGAGUCCCCCCCCUCCGCCGGCUGAGGUGGUGCGGUCCGCAGCGCUCACGUGACCGGGCGUUAACGCUUCGCCUGGCAACGGAAAGAUGUUGGCGGCGGCGGCAGCGGAAGACACAGCCCAGCCCCAUGGAGGAGGCCCCCAGUGACGCAGCAGAGGGAUCUGGGAUGGAACCCGGCUCCGCCGAGCGGGAUGUUAUCAGAAUUCCCUCGCAUCUUGCAAUGGAGGCGAUAGAGGCAGAGUCCGGGCACGGCGAUGAAGAGAAAGAGUCUGUUUCUCUGGAGGACCAAGCAGAGACGUUUGCCCCGGCAGACAGAGGAGUGGAUGGAGCUACAGAGCUGUUGGAAAAAUCUCCUGAGGCUUCCUCGGGCAAAGUGGAGUUAGACAGUUCUCGCCCUGAAUUGGGUGACAUGGAGCAGCCGAUGACAGAGAGAGGAAGCCCUUCUCCACUGCAGGCACCUGCGUUGCCAGGGGAGUGGAACAGCAGCACACAGUCAGAGUCUGCCUUUGAGCAAUUCGGACAGCUUACUAGUGAGCAUGGUGACCAAAAAUGGGAAAAGGAACACCAGCAGCGUGGAGCUGAGGAACACAAAAUAAGCGGAAGAAGUGAGGAAACCACAGAAAAAAGAGACCCGGUAGUCUUGGAUCCAGAACAUCCUCUGAUGAGAAGAUUCCAGGCUGCCCUGAAGAAUCACCUCAUCAAGCAGAUUGAAAAAGAGAACCUAGAGCUUCAGGAACUGAGGACAGCAACAAAGAGGAAAAAAGUGGAGAGAGAAGAGCUCGGGGUGGUUCUUAACGGAGCGCAGCAGGAGCUGGCCCGUCUGCAGAUGGAGCUGGAGAAGAGCCAUGAUCGCUUCUCUCAGGUGGCCACGGCACGUCAGCAGCUGGAAGAGGAACUGGAGGGCCUCAGGCUUACUCACAAGAACAUGUCUCAGACCAGAGAUGAAGAACGCAAGAAAGUUUCUGCAAUGCAGACCCAGGUUGAAAAGCUGGCCUUGCAGCUCUCCUACAUGCAGAGCAUGGCCGAAGACAUGCAUCAUAAUAUUAUACUGAAGAAACAGUCAAUAAAGAGGGCUGAGGCAGAGAAGGUCCAGGCUGAAGUGGAAAAGAGGAAACAGGAUCUCCUAGUGGAGCGCUUAACAAGACAGACCUUCGAACUACAAGAACAGAUUGCUCUGUAUGAAGCUCAGCUUGUGGCGCAGGCAGAGGACACGAAAGUGACUCGACAAGCAGUAAAUGAGGCUUGCAUGGAGGUGCAGGCUAUUAACGUGGAGAAAAAGCGGUUGAUGAAGCACUGGAAGAGCAGCCUGGCUGGGAUGAAGCAGAGAGAUGAGGCCUAUGUUGCCAUGCAAGACUUGCUGAGCAAGUACAGACAUGACCUCAAGUCCCUGGAAAUGGAAAUCCAUGGCUGUACAAAGUCGAUCAGGAAGGAGGAGGAGAAGAAUGAGUUGCUCGUCACCAUCCUGAGCCGCUUGGAGGGCAAAGCCAACACGACAAAGAAACUGAUUGCCCAGUGCCUUUCGAAGCAGGAGGCCUUGAAGGUUGAGUCUGGCACCUACACCCGCAUUCUCCAGGAGACAGAGCAGGCCCUCAACAGGACCAAGAUGGAUCAAGGUGCUUGUCUGAGCAAGUUGCACUCCAUCUGUAAGGAUAUAGAGAAAGGAACCAAAGCCAAGGAGCAGAUGGAGAAUGAAAUCAUGGCAAAGGUUCAGGACCAGAUGAUGUCCAGCAAAGCCACAAAGCGCUUCUCACAGCUGGCAGCAAAACUUCAUAAGAGAAAAACAGAUCUGGAGCUGCAAUGUUCCAAGGUUGAGAAUGAUAUCGCCCAGGUUAUUCAGAACACAACUCAUACCAACUGCAGGCUGACAGUUCUCCAAAAAACACUUGGUGAGGUGGACAAGGAAACUAAUAAUGUCCAUGAUCUGAUCAGACGCAGAGAAAGUGAGAUUGCAAAGCGCAAUCUCCUGAUUGCGAAAAAGCAAGAGGUCAUGAGCCAGUACAACAAGAAGCUGGAGAAGAUUCUUUCGCAGCUGGGGGGGCAAGAAUUGGGACCAUUGGAAAUUGAGAUCAACAAGCUGACCAAGCAGAUAGAAGAAUGUAAUUCUGAGGUGAUGACAUUACAGAAGUACUGGCUCAAUCAGCAGAAAGAGCUGGUCAAGUUAACGCAGGAACGGGAGGAACAGCUGGCCAAUUUGGAUAUGUUAAAGAAACAGAUCACAGCAAUGCAGCAGAAGAAAGUGCGCACUGAAAAUGAAAUUCAGCAGGAAACAAAAGAACGGAAAGACAUCGAACGUCACAUUAGGAACAUGUCAAACGACAUUAACAAGUUGAAUGUGUUGAUCAACAAGAAAAACAGCAGCUUCGAGGAGCUGCAACACAGCAACAUUAUCACAGAGAACGAGUUUGUGCGCUCUCUCAAGGCAGCAGAAAAAGAAUCAGUUGAGAUGCAGGAGAGGCUCAGUCAGUUGACUGAGGAGAAGGAGAGACUCCUAAAAAGCCUGGUGGAAGCAGAGCACGUGAUCGCGCUGUGGGAGAGGAAGAUCCAGCUGGCGAAGGAGAUGCGGGCAGCGUCUUUGUCGAUACAAAGUGAAAACCAGGCCAAGAAAAAAGAGAUUCAUAGGAAGCGGCUCCACUAUGACCAGCUGAUGAAGCAGCAGCAGAAGCUGAUUCGCGAUAUGGAGGCAUUUGUUUGUCAGAGAGAGAUGAUAGCUCUUCGUGGAGAGCGUCAGAAAGCAGUUAAGAAACGUGACACCAAGAGAGAGUUCCACCGCAAGAAAGAGGAGCUGAGAAAGAAGAUCAGCGAAACCCAGAAGAACGUCCAAGACUGCACCAAAACCAUCCUGGAGCUGGAGAGCACCCAAGCAUCCCUUAGUGCCUCCCUCUCGGAGAAGCAGCAGGAGCUGUGCAGGCUCCAAGCUGAGGGCCACAGCCUCCACUUGGAUGCAGAAUCCCUUCGGAACAAGAAACGAUGGAACCUGCUGGAGAUCGUGGCCUACCAGACACGCCUGAAGCACCUGCAGGCACUGAAGGAAGGGAAGUACACUCCGCGCUACCGCACCGAGCAGGCCCGAGGCAACGCGAGGCAGAAGCUGCUGCACCGGCUCCGCACCAUCCACACCAUCAUCCACCACAUCCAGCAGGAGUAUCCUCAGCACCAACGGCCUCUCCAGUGGCUCAAGCAGUGCCUGGAAUCCAGGCUGGGCUCACAGGAAGGCUGAGGAGACAUGGACACGGGACACAGACAUUCUUCUGUUCUUCUCUUGGAAGCUGUAGGCUUUGUAAGUGAAUAAGUAUCAAAAUAAACAUGUGUGUUAAA